AUGUGCGCACCAAUUUGCUGGAAUGCGCAGGCUCUUGACUGCUCGAAGCCUCUGAAAUUGAAAGCGGUGAUCCAGCUGGCCGGCUUUCCUGCCGUCCCCUGCACUGCCUUCUUCUACACUCUCGCUGUGAGCUCUUCUCGGGGCGACACGUGUGAUUCCAUCUCCACCUACCUGAACCGCACCCAACCCGACCUCCUCAGCCUGAACCCUGGGCUGAGCUGCGAGCAGGGCAUCAAGGCGGGGCGCUCCGUGUGCGUGGAACGCAGCGCCACAUUCGCCUUCACUGUCCCACAGUGCCUCAAGUUCACCACGCUCACAGCACAGGACUCGUGCGAGCUUCUGCUGCAGAGGCUAGGAGGAUAUGAGGAGGGGGCACUGGCGCCAGCUGCUUGGGAUGAGCUUUACCGCAACAACCCCGGGCUCGUCUGCUCCAGCACUGUUCCUGCCUCUGCCUCUGCUGUUGGCAGCAAGGCCGGUGUGCAGGUGUGCCUCAAGGCGGAGUACUGGCCAUUUACACUCGGAAGGUGCACCAAGGGCCGGGCCAAGACAGUGUCGCCAUCGCUGACUUGUUCAGGCGCUUACACCUUCUAUGGCGGUGCCGCAAGCACUGCAGCUGCCAAGUUUUCAGAGUACAACGGGAAAGCCUGUGCGAGCAAUGUUGGAUCCAAGUACAUUUGUGUGCCUCGCUAG